AAUCCUCCUGCUGACUAUAAAAAUGCCCCGUCCAUUUGCUUCUGUAUUUGCUUCUUAAUCUCAGCUCAACUUGGAAUAAACAGCAUGGAGUGUAAGCAGCAGUUGAAAUGGUUAAUACUUGCAAUGAUAUGUCCUCUUAUUGCAGGUGCCCCAUCCUCCAUGUCCAAACGAGAUAGUUCAUGUCCCAAAGAGAAUCUAAACAUUAAAGGAGGAACGAUUGUUCUUUCUAAAGGCUAUUCAGAAGGGAGUCUUCUAAAAUACAUAUGUCCGGAUGGAUAUUACCCGUCGGUUCAGUCACGUCUGUGUCAAGAUGGACGCUGGACCUCAAAGAUCAAAACCAGAAAAACCCCAGAGUGCAAAAAGAUCACAUGUCCAAAUCCCCGUGUUUUCGAGAAUGGAGAGGUGAUUCCAUAUAAAGACAAGUACUAUGUAAAUGACACAACCACCUACUCAUGUCAUUCCGAUUAUACAUUCCGUGGCACAGCCAAACGUGUUUGCAAGCCUAAUGGGAAGUGGAGUGGAAGCACACCAAUUUGUGGACGUGACUCCGAUCACUGUCCUGAUCCUGGUGUUCCCCCUGGUAGCAGUCGAACAGGGAACAUGUUUAACAUAGACGACAAAGUCACGUACCGCUGUCAGAGUCCAUUGACCUUGAUUGGCUCUAAAGUCCGAGUGUGUCUGGAUGGAGGCCAGUGGUCAGGAACAGAGCCACAAUGUUACGCUGAUUACACAUACGACACCCCAGAGGAAGCAUCAGAAGCUUUCAGCAGUUCUCUUAAGUCAAAUCUAGCAGUUACUCAACAGCAUGAAAAAGAAGAUCAGCAGGGGAAGAAAUUAACUAUGAAUCAGGGUGGAAAACUUGAUAUUUACAUUGCCGUGGAUGCAUCUGAAAGCAUAGAUGAGAAGGAUUUUGAAAAAGCAAAAACCACCAUUAAAAUGCUUAUAGACAAGAUUAGUUAUUACCCAGUCUCCCCAAACUAUGAGAUCCUGAUAUUUGCUACAGAAUUUACACGGAUAAUCUCUAUGAGGGACUUCAAAACUAAUGAAGAUGCAAGAAACCUAAUGAAUAUUUUUAAAGAGCUUGACGACUUUAAUUAUGAGCGUCAAGGUCAAAAAACAGGUACCAAUAUCGCCAAAGCCUAUUCAGCCAUUUUGGAGAGCAUGAAACUAGAGGAGAUGAACAAUGGCACGAUCUUCAAUGAGACCCAACACAUCGUCAUACUGUUCACUGAUGGUCAGGCAAACAUGGGGGGGAAUCCCAGACCUAAAGUGGAGCAGAUCAAACAUCUUGUCACUAAAAAUCUUGCAAACAGAGAGAAGAAUCUUGAUCUUUAUUUAUUUGGAGUUGGAGAUGAGGUGAAUCAAGAUGACGUUAAUGACUUAGUGUCACAGAGGGACCAAGAAAAAUAUUUCUUUAAGCUUAAAGACUUGACAGAGGUGCAGAAGAUGUUCGACGACAUGAUUGAUGAGAGCACCAGUGUAGGAUUGUGUGGGAUUGUGUGGGAAGGCUUGGAAAAUAAACGCCGUGCAUUCCCCUGGUUGGCAAAGAUUAAUAUUGUACGUCCUCCUCAAGGUUCCAAUUGCAUGGGUUCAUUAGUUUCCUCAAGUUACAUCUUGACAGCGGCUCACUGCUUCAAAGAGGGAGACACACCUGAUAAGAUUACAGUUAAACUGGAAAAAGACCUGGUAGUAAAAGUGAAAAAUUACACAAUUCAUCCUGAAUAUAAACCAACAGCAAAACAGAAUAAGGGAAUACAAGAAAAUUACGAAUUUGAUGUAGCUCUUAUACAGCUGGAAAAAGCUGUUGAGAUGAGUUUUAAUUUACGACCAAUCUGCAUCCCAUGCACAAGAGAAACCAAUGGAGCUCUGAAACUUUCAGAAAGUGAAGGGACUUGCAGAAAACAUGAGGAAAUACUAAUGAACAAUGAGCUUGUGGAAGCUGCUUUCACGUCUGAUAUGGAUACUGAUAAUAGUCCAAAAAACAUAAAAAGCAUCACAAUCAAGCGUGGAAAAUAUCGGGAUGCUUGUGUUGAAGAUGCAAAAAAAGCAAAAGGAAUCAAUGUGGAAAAUGCCAGAGAAGCAGUUACAGACAAUUUUCUGUGCAGUGGUGGUAUUGAACCAAAAACAGAUCAUGUUGCCUGCAAAGGUGAUUCAGGUGGGGCCACUUAUGUGAAUAAAAAAGGUCGAGUGAUUCAGGUUGGUGUUGUAAGCUGGGGAGUGAAGGAUGUCUGCAAGGAAAAAAGGAGAUUCACUUCGGAUGCAGACUCCAGAGAUUACCAUUCAAAUCUUUUCAGUGGGAAGAUACGAUCAUUCCUUAAAGUACACCUAGAAAAUGAUCGCAUAGGACAACCUCUUACAUUCUUGAAGAAUGAAACUGAUGAAAAUAUUCAACUUUAAGUCAAAUAGCUGGUCUUUGUUAAGAAUGUUAAACAUUUAUUAUCAACAGUCUUUCAUGUUUUACUCAUUCAGUGUUCUGUCUUUAUGUCUAUGUUGGAGUGGGACAGUCUGUACUGUGUAUCCAAUCACUGGCAGGCAGGGGAGUUUCAUUAUUGUUGCAAUUUCACUACUUGUUUCCAUCUGUCUUGAGAAUGAUAAUAGCAAGACAGAAAAACAGGCUAACAGGCACUACACCUGGGCCCGUAUUCAUAAAGAAUCUUAAUGCAAAAAGUAGCUUAGAAAAUUCUUAGAAAUGUGGGCGUUUACUCUUAAAAUUAAAGAAAAAAUCAUAGUAAAGAAAAAAGUAAUUCAGAAAGCAUCUUAACCCUCAAAAGAGGUCUUAAGGUCAAACUUGUUAGGAGCACUGAUGAGGACUUUUAAGAGGCUUAAGAGUUUCUUUAGCAGAGGAGAAAAUAGCAGAAAGAUGAAGAGGCAGAAGAAAUGUGUUGCAGACAAUGGAUGACAGUGAGUUAAUAAGACGCUAGCUAUAUAUUAUAUAAUAAUUUAUAAUUUAAUAUAUAAAUUAAAGUAAUCACUACAUUAUGAUAUUUGGCAACUGGGAAAAUGCCAUAAUGCAAUAGUGAUGAUUUGGUUCUGUCACAACCUUCUGUAAGCAGUGAUCACACAAACAAUUACAGCACUUUCAGAACAUCUUAUUGUGUCGCAGUUCAUUUCGUUUCCACUGGACAUUCCCACCUUGCAUGCUCAAAAAAAUGCAUUUAUGAAUAUAGCAGGCUUAUAGGUGCACACAAGCAGGGGGAAUGGACCGUUAAUAGUUUGUGCUAUACGCUCCCAUGUCUGCUUCUUGUCCCUUGCUGUGACACCCGGCCCGAAUUAUCCUUUAAGAAUGGCCUUGUGUUCAUCCACUGGGCUAACAGUAAACACUGUUCCUCUGUCCAGUUUGGCUUUCUCGCCCUUCUUGGUUUUGAUUCCAUGUUUGAUACAUUAAAACCAACAUUCAAACCGCCAGUUAAAUAGCACAGCAAUGACUGUAACUGGAAAGAGUGGAACAAUUUUUUUCAUUCUAAGCCAAUCAAAUACCUUAUAGGAAAUUAACAAGCAUGGUAAAUAAAAAAAGGAUUUAUAUACACACAUAAAAUGUGUGUGUGUGUGUGUGUGUGUGUGUGUGUGUGAAAGAGAGAUUGAUCAAAUAGGAAAAAUUACGCAUUUAAAUUCAAAGUGAGAAUUAGAAUAGACCCUAUACUUAAAAUCACUCUUUUUUUUCCUUCUUGGACAACCAACCAAUCACAGUCUUCAAAAGAUUGUGUCAUACAUAGCAACGGGGUCAACCCCGCCUCCUCACUAAGAUUAAAGUUUUUGUCUUUUCCUUACUCAGAGUUGCUCUCAGAUCGGUCCCUUAAGGUAAGACUCCUACAUAAAAGUUUUUAAGCUAAAUUAAGAGUUUUCUGAGAGGAUUCUUAGAAUCUUUAUGAAUACGGGCCCUGCUGUAUUAGGGCUGAAGCGUAAUGGAGAGAAUAUUAAGAUUAUCAUACACGAAAAAUGAAAGGCAUUGAUCAGACAAGAACCAUUGUCGUACUAAUAUGAAUUCCAAACACUUGUCAGGCUGGAUAUCCUAAAGUACAGUCAUUAUGUGCAAAUAGCUGAUCUUUGAUAAAAAUAAUAAAAAUGUUAAACAUU